UAUCUAGACAUCGAUAUUCGUAGUUGCCAGAAUCUUCGAUUGGCGAUGUAUCGCUUACAAUCGACUAUAUAAGGGCUGCCGGACUAGCACCAAAACACAGUAAUUAGAGAGUUGCCGAGUAAAGUGCAAGAAACUAGAAGCAGAGAAUGUAAAAUAUAGAGAAGGUCCAAUUGCGGACCAGCGUGUGAAAUGUCAAAAACUAACAAAAUCCUAUAAGCGUGUUGUAAACAUUUGUGCAGUUGGCGCCGCGUCUAAAUUGUGAUCCAAGUUUUCGCGUUUAAUUAUUAAAUUUACCAAAAAAUAACGCUGUGUUACUUUAAACAGAGAAAUCUCAAAUUUAUAAAUGGAUGAGAAUGCGUUUUUGAUUGAGGAGCUCUCCAGCAAUGAUGUAAGCGAAUCGGAAUUGUCAGAAUUCAAAGAAACGCAACCAUUAAAGGUGCUGGACAUCAUAGCACCUGAUGAUUGUAAACCGACAAGUAGCACAAAUAUUUGUCGCAAUUCUGAUGGCGCUUUAGCCAAAAACCACGAAAGUUCAACUGCAAUAGGUGUUGAGGGGGAAGCAGCGCUGAUAAAGCGUUUUGUAAGUGGAGAAGUAGAAUUUCCCGAUUGUUAUACAAAACUUGAGCCCGGCGAAGAAGAAGAAUAUGAUGUCGACAAAUUCGAAUUGGAAGCACAAGAGCAACAGAAAUAUAUUAUUGACGUGGAACAAUCAACAUCACAGCAAGCAACUGCAAAGCGUCAAAAUGAUUACGCUGUUAUGGAACGCAAAACGGUUGACACCGAUUUAAGUGAACCAAAUUGGCGUAGUAGAUCAGGUAGUACUGGUAGCAGUACCGGACCUAGCGCACCCCGGCGACGUACUGUACUUAAUGCCGCGCUACAGGGUCUCAUGGGUGAGGCCAAUCUGAGUUUUGCACGUGGACAAAUUGAUAUUGCCGAGAAAAUAUGCUUGGAAAUUAUACGUCAAAAUCCGUUGGCACCGGAACCGUUUUUUACAUUAGCCGAAAUAUAUGAAACACGCAAUACUGAAAAACAUUUGUAUUUUCUAACGCUCGCGGCACAUUUGAAUCCACACGAUCGCGAUCUAUGGAUACGUAUAUCGGAAUUGCAUAUUGCACAAGGAAAUUUACAACGUGCGCGUGUAUUCUACACGAAAGCAAUAAAAGCAAUGCCUAGAGAUUAUGAUUUGCGUUUGCGCAAAGCACGUUUGCUGGAAUUGAUGGGUGAAACUCAUAUGUCCAUGUUGACAUAUUUGAAAAUGUUGCCACACGUACCACGCUCCGAAUCUGAACUCUGUUUGAUGACAGCCAAAAAUGUCGCACAUCAUUUUCAUGGUAUUUCAAAACAUGCCAUUGCGCUGGAAGCCAUGGAGAGCGCAUAUCAAAUUUGUGGUGAUCGUUUUACACUAGAAGAUCUCAAUCUGUAUAUGGAUCUACUAAUUUUUAACAAGGGUUACGGCAAAGUCUUACGUUGCUUACGUGCGCGCACUUCACUCGAAUUGGAAACGGAACAAGAGAGUAAUUUGGAGUUGAUUUUCUUUUGUGUCAUACCCGACGAUUUUGUACCCGAUUUUCGUGCUAAACUAUGUGUAAGUCUGAUACACAUGCAUGCACAUCAUUUACUCGGCUAUCUUAUACAAAAUGUACAUGAACACAUACCCUUGACGGAUGAUCGUCUAGACUUAUACAUCGACAUUGCCGAGGCGCUAAUGCAAGAGCAUAAAUAUGCUGAAGCUAUAGAAUUGUUACGUCCCAUAACGGAUGGCGAUACGAUUGAGUGUCCGGCCUUCGUUUGGCUACGUCAAGCUGAAUGUUUGCGUAAUUUGAAUCGUACCAAUGAGGCAAUCGAAAGUUAUACACGUGUUGUGGAGUUGGCACCAUUUUGUUAUGAGGCUAAAUUUACAUUGUCAGCGCUACUCAAGCAGCAGGGACGUCACUUGGAAGCGGUUAAGGCGCUCGAACAAUCCGGCGAAUGCGAUGGUCAACCGCUGAAUGCACGUUUGUUGUAUGAACGUUGCGUGAUGUUGCAGCAAAUCGGUGAGAUAGAUGAAUUUCUUGAAGUCGGCUAUGUGCUGCUGGCACGACAUUCUAUAAAGUUACGCAAUCGCGAGGAAAUGCUUGCCGCGGCGAAUGGUGGCAGUUUUUACAAUGCAGAAGGACUCAAGGUAAUAUUGCAAAUGCGCAAUAUCACCGAGGAUACAGACAAGGCAUUGCAGGAAUAUAUUAAAAUACCGCAAGAGAAUUCCGAUCUCACCAUACAAGAUGAAUAUCGUCUAUUUCUCGAGCUGAUACGUGUCGCCUACGAACAUCGUAAAUUUAGUUGCAUUGAACGUCUCUGCUUUGGCAUGGUCACCACAAAGCGUUUCACCGCCUAUCACAUCGAAUUGGAACGCAUCAUAAUACUCGCCUGCUACUUCAAUGACAAUUGCGCCAUUGCUUUCUCAUAUUUACGUGAGUUAAUUUCAAAAAAUCCACACAACAUCGCGCUUUGGAAUUUACUAUCGUUGCUGGUGCAAAAGGGUCAGGAUUUACGUUAUCAUCGUUAUGUGCGUCGUCUUGUGCAACGUCAUCCCACCGAGCGACAAUUGCGUAUUUUUCUAGCGCAUUAUCAUCUAUUUUGUUGUUCGUACAAAUAUGCAUUGAAUAUCUAUGUGCCACUCUUUAAAGAGCAACAAACACCGAUAUUGGCGCUCUGCAUUGCGGUUAUUUUCAAUCAAAUGUCAUUGCAACGUAAAGUGUUACGUAAAACUGCUGCCGUCGCGCAAUCCAUCGCCUUCGCCCAAAAGUAUGCUCAACUGCGUGCUGGCGUUGAAUGGCAAAUUGGCACUACUGCCACCGCCACUGUAGCUGCGGCGUCGUCGUCGUCGUCAACGCAUGCAGCCACAAAUGCUGCUUGUAGCGCUGCUGAACAGGAAAUUUGCUAUAAUUUUGGGCGCAUUUAUCAACAAGCCGGCUUAGCACACCUCGCCGUGGAGUAUUAUGAACGUGGUUUGGCCGCCAAACAUCCUUUAAUUGAGGAGCACGAAGAGUAUUUGGGUUUGCGGCAGGAAAUUGCCUACAAUCUGCAUCUCAUCUAUAAGGCAGCGGGGAAUUUACGUAAAGCGCGUCAAUAUCUCUAUGAGUAUUGUGUUGUAUGAAUGAAGUAUGUAAAAAAUGCACGGAUGUUGGUGAGCUAAUAAGUGUGUUCACAAGGCAUGUCGGCUAAAUUCGUAUAGUGUAAAUUCGCGAAAGGCAUUUUUGUGUGCGCAAUUAUUUUAUAAAUUAUGAAAAUAUUUGUAGCAGCGUCUCUAUUGAAUCAGCAGCGCUGCCUUGUGUGGAGAUAUAUACAUGUAAGCUAAUUCAAGGCGUCGAUAAUAAAAAUAUAUCUUCAACAAUUCUCUCCAUGACAUACAGCAUUGGAAAUUAUUUGAAAAAAUAUUAAAACUAUAUAAUAAGAAGAAGAACCAGUUACAGUUUUUAAGCGAAAAUGCUGCUAAAUAUGUGUUUGGUAUGUAAAUGAUUUGUGUAUAUUUUUUUUUAAUUUUUUGUAUUAAAAAAAUUUUAUAUUUAUUAAUUAAUCCAAAAUUUUUAGUAAUAUAAAUCACCGUAAUUUUAUUUAUACAUAUAUAAUAGCUCUGUAUAUACAUAUUUGCAUUGCAUAAAUUUGUAUACUAAACUUGCAAAUUUUCGACAGUAUCGAAUAGUGUUAGCAAUUCCUGUUCCUUUUUCUUGAUACGCCCCUUAAUAUCUGUGAUGGAUUCAGUUUUUGGUACGCCUCUAUUUAAUAUUU